AGAGCCGGUGGAAGAGAGGCGGACUCUUGGCUGUCAGUCAUACAUCCGGGGUUAUCCGUUGCUACAAUAUAACGCUUUAGCAGAUCUAAACGACUCUCAGAAGUAAUUUUUUUCAGAAUACCAGGAGGAGACGGACACACCUAAGUCUCUCAGAAUGGGAAACCUGCUGUUCUCCACAGGCCUCAUAAGGACUGAUGCAACCAAGUCGGAUCAAGUUAACAGACGACAUUUAAUAGCCAAAACGAUCUGCAAUGGCAUAACCUAUUAUUACACUCCACUCACUGGUACAGGUUGCGAGACAGAAUGUUUUGCCAAAGAAUUUCAAGACUCUGCAGCUGUUUGCCCCACGUUCCCUGUUUCACCAUCUGCAGGGGCCUCCUCUUCUACACCCCUCUCAGAUUUACCAUCAAACACAUCUGUCUCCUCCCAAAAACAAUCAUAUUCUGCGUCCACUUCCCGUCCACUUCUGCUUUUCUUCUCCUGGCUUGGUGCCCAACCAGGGGGAAUAGCUAAGUACCGGGACCUUUAUCUGGACCGUGGCAUGGAUGUCCUCCUGGUUCAGAGCAGUGUGAUGCACUUCCUGUGGCCUCGAUGGGGGCUCGACUAUGGAUUGGAGGUUCUGAAAAUUCUGGAGAACCCUCCCUUCGCAGGGAGGGUGAUGCUGGUUCAUGCUUCUUCCAUCGGUGGCUACACUUUCACUCAAAUCCUCACCCACAUUGUCCGAGAACCAAAAAAACAUGCAGGCCUGGCACAGAGGAUGAUGGGGCACAUCUAUGACAGCUUAGUGGUCGGCACUCUGGAGCACAUGGCGAUAGGCAUUGGUAGAACUCUGGUGCCACGUUUUGAGAGCUUCGUCAAAAACACUGCCAUGCUUUAUUUCUGGCUGUUCAAAACCCACACGGCAGACUUCUACGAGACCAGCAUCCAAGUGUUCCACAACAGCCCAGUUACCGCUCCCGCUCUCUUCUUCUUCAGUGAAAACGAUGCAAUGUGCAACACUGCAGUGAUGGAAAAGCUGAUUGACGUCUGGAGACAGAGAGGAGUGGACGUGCACAGCAGAAAGUGGAAGAAGUCGAUACAUGCGGCCCACUUGCGCUGCCACCCAGAUGAUUACCUCUCCACCCUGCAACACUUUUUGAACUCACUGUCCAUUUCCUCCUGUAAAAAAACAAUCUAAAUAAGUGGGGAGGUAAAAAUACACCACCACCAAAUAUUAAAAAACAAAAUAAGCUUUAUGAUUUAAAAAAGAAUGCACUUUGUUUUUUUUUUUUCCUUUAGCUUUGUCAUUAUUUAAAAUGAGAAGUAUUUUUUCUCUCUUUUGCAUUAUUAUUGUUUGAAUUUUUGUUGCUUGCUGUUAAGUAAAGUUGUAUUUUAAGUUAUUUAAAAAAAACUAACUGAUGUUAUUUACCUGUGUGCUUAUGUUAUGGAUUAUUUUGCACUUUAAACAAUUCAAAAGCUUUAGUUAAUAAACUGUUGGUACUCUUACCAGAGAUGUGGUUGCUGCACAUUGAGUGAAAUAAAAUAUUUCAAUUGCGCUGCUUG